AAAGAUUUUCUCCACUUGUUCAUAUUUUCAUGGAUGUUAUUGUUCAUGUGAUCAAUACUCAACAACCCCUUUUGGAAACCACACUUGCACCACCCCACAAAGCACCCAAAACACCAACACAAAGAACCAUGAGAAAGGCAUUCAAAGGCACAGCACAUUUGGCCAAGCUUCUUCCAACAGGAACAGUGCUCAUAUUCCAAACUCUUUCACCACUCUUCACACACCAAGGCCAAUGCCACACCACAACAAGCAAAUUCACCACCAUAGGGCUCUUAGCCUUUUGCAGCAUCUCAUGCAUCCUUCUCUCCUUCACUGAUAGCUUCAGGGAUGAGAGGGGGAAAGUGAGGUAUGGAGUGGUCUCAUUGAAGGGGUUGUGGGUUAUGGAUGCAUCAGUGAAGGUUCCUGAUGAUGUGGUGGAUAAGUAUAGGCUAAGGUUCAUUGAUUUCUUCCAUGCAUUCAUGUCAGUGUUGGUGUUUUUGGCAGUUGCAUUGUUUGAUGGGAGUGUGGUGAGUUGCUUUGUGCCAAAACCUUCUGAGGAGGCCAAGGAUCUUCUGGUGGCUUUGCCUAUUGGGAUUGGCAUUGUGUGUAGUGUUCUAUUUGUUGCUUUCCCAAGCCAAAGACAUGGAAUUGGCUCCCCUCUCUCCAGAAAUUAG